CAGACAGACAGACAUGGGUUCGGCCGCGGAGGGGUCGGCGGGGGCGGUGCUGUCCAGCCGGCUGAGCUCCGUCCUCGGCAGCCGCACCAACGCCAACCUCGUGUUCGACAUCCUGGACUUUCUGCAGUCGGGAAAGAUGGAUGAAGUCUCCGCCGCCAUCCAGACCUGCAGCCGGCUUUUUGAGGCCCUGCUGAAGAAGAAGGAACUGUUCGUGGGGAGCCUGCCUGGCGAGGAGGCAUUAGUGGAAGGUUCCUGCAGUGCCGUCAUCAAGUACCGCAUGUGGAUGAGACACCGCUACCGCAGCUGCUGCAACAGCCUGAGCAAGCUCCAGUCCCACCACAACUUCCAGAUCCAGGAGCUGGCUCUGUGCACCCUCAUGAAGUUUGUGCAGAUGGAGGGCACGUACCCGCUGGCCAAAGCCAAGUGGAAAAGCAACUACCUCUUCCCGCGUGAGGUCCUCAAGUGCGUCGUAGAGGGCCUGAUCCCCGUGAAGGGCGAUGGGUCCCUGCUGAUCUCCCGCUUCCAGGAAUUCCUGGAGUUCGAUGACAUACGCUACCACGUGAUGCAGAUGACCGAAGAGAUGAUAGCUAGGGUCAUGGAUAUGCACGGAGAGGAGCCUCACCCCGCGUUUCAGCAGAACACCUUCACCCUGAUCUCCGGCGUGAGCCUGCCCCGCCAGGAGAGCAAACUCAACAACUUCUACGUGAAACAGAAAAAGAUACAAGAGACCUGGAAAGUCACCCAGCUGAAGGAACACAAGAAAGUGUUUGAGAGGAUGUGGCUCAAGUUUCUCAAGUACAAGCUGCCCAGCUCCUUGUACAAGAAGGUUCUCCUCAUCAUGCACGACACCAUCCUGGCCCACAUGAGCCAACCAACUCUGAUGAUCGACUUCCUGACCAGAGCCUAUGACAUCGGAGGGGCCAUCAGCCUUCUGGCCUUGAAUGGACUCUUUGUUCUCAUCCAUCAGCACAACCUGGAAUACCCUGGCUUUUACCAGAAGCUGUACAGCCUCCUGGAUCCCUCCAUCUACCACGUCAAGUACCGUGCCCGGUUCUUCCACCUCACCGACUUGUUCCUGUCUUCAUCACAUCUGCCCGCCUACCUGGUGGCCGCGUUCACCAAGCGCCUGGCCCGCCUGGCCCUGACGGCCCCCCCCGAGGCGCUGCUCAUGGUCGUACCGUUCAUUUGCAACCUCCUGCGCCGGCACCCCGCCUGUAAGGCCCUCGUCCACCGCCCCGUGGCCACCCCCACGGAUCUGCCGUCAGCGUUGGCUGCGGAUCCGUAUGACAUGGAGGAAGAAGAUCCGGCCAAGAGCCGGGCCCUGGAGAGCUGCCUCUGGGAGCUGCAGGCCCUGCAGAAACACUACCACCCGGAUGUGGCCAGAGCAGCCAUGGUGAUCAACCGCCCCCUGGCCAGCCAGGAGGACCCCAUCUCGGAGCUCCUGGACCUGACUUCCUAUGAGAUCUUUGACCGAGACUUCAAGAAGAAAGCCACCGGCCCCGUGGCCCUGGAGUUCAUCCAGGCGAGGGGACUGUUGGGCCAGAAGAAUGACAUCUGUGCAGAGCACUUUGCACUGGAGUGAAGCGCUGAGCUGUCCCCCUCCUACCCUUUCCCCUCCGUGCUUGGGAAUAAAUCUUUUUUAUCGAGUGGCAGGAA